UUCACUGCAAUUGUUCCUGAAAAGUAACAUUGCCCGUAAAAGAGGAGAAGUAUAGGCUUUAGUGUUCUAAUAAAGUAACCCUUUCCUAUUGCAGCAAUAACGCAACUCUCAUAGCCGAAUAUUGCAAUAUCUAUAAAACGAAAUAAAAUGGAUAUUAAACCUAAACCUAAACCUAUUACUGCCAAAUAAUACUAGUCAAUUUUUCGAUCACAAUUUUUGCGCGCCAAUUCUAGAACCACGCACGAAAAAUUAUAGGUAGGACGACGACAUCCAGAUUUCAGAGGUGCACCAAUGGUACACUGUACAGCUUAAAUCCUUUGCAAAUCCCUUUUCAAAUUCAACAAAGAUGAACAUCUUCUUCUUCACUUUCACGUUAAUUUCAAUUACUACCAUGGCCCUUUCUGCAACUUUGGAUGUAUACGACUUUGAUUCUACCAUCGAAUAUCCAUAUAAGAGUAUAAUUAUUAGUUCAGAAGAAAGUUUUGACAAAUAUGACUCGGGAAUUCCAAUGAAUAGAGGUGAUAUGUUAUUCUAUGAAGCCAAUGGUUCAAUUCAACUAAUCAAUAAUGAAGUUGUUUUGUAUUAUGCACCAAAGGGAGUAGUUGCUAAACUUUCCAAAGAUUAUAUCGAGAAGUUGAACCUUGGAUCGAUUACCCCUUUCGAGGAUUUGCCAUCUCCACCCGUCGGCUUCCAGGACCCAGAGGAACUACCAAGGGAUCAAGCAAUCAGCGAGUUUCUUGCUUUUUACGAAAUGAAAGUAAAGGAAAAAGAAUCGUGAGAAAUGAUUUUUAAUUUUUGCAGGAGGAGGUAAAAUCAGUGAUAUUUGAAGUGGAAUAUAAGCAUCACCUUUGUAAAAAUAGAGUGAAACUUAUAAUCGAUUGCUAAUUCAUAUAUAACGGAAAUGAAUUUUUAACAUAUACAGCUCUUACUCUCUCCUAGUUUUUCUUCAGACCAACUGGUCAAAUGUACUUUAUUCAAAAAGUGAGUAAUAUGUUGAUCUACUGUAAAUACAAUCAAACACAUUUAUAUCAUGGAGUUAGACGCAC